CAUAAUUCAUCGUAGUACCUUGCAAUCAACAAGAUGGCGGCGCCCAGUGUGCUCUCAAAAUGCCGUGGAAUGCUUUUGCACAGACCGUUUCCAAGAUAUUUGCAAAGGAAAGUCUUGAGGCAUCUGUGGGCAUCAUGUUCAUGCGGUACAUCAGCAGCUGCAGGCCCGAGGAGUACACCAGAGUCAGCUCCAGAUAUCUUCAGGACAGCGGAGGAGUCCCCAGCGAACCAUGGAAUGCAGCACAUUGGUCAGUAUUACACCAUCCCCAGAAAAGAUGUCAAAACCAUCCUACCAGUGGGCAGCUCAACCAGAUGGGAACAAAUGAUUGAUCCCUUUCAGGAAGCAGCCAUCAUGGUCAGGCAACCCGCUGUGGAGAUCAUCAACUACCUCAAGCAGGCCAACUACGAGCAUCCGCCCGUCCGCUAUGUCCUGUACGGCACAAGAGGCAGUGGGAAGACCAUGACGUUGUGUCACAUCAUUCACUACUGCCACAGCCAGGGCUGGCUUAUUGUUCACGUCCCCUGUGCUAAUUCGUGGAAUGUGAAAGGCAGAUUUGAUUACAUCGAUUCAGUUCGUCACGAGGGGAUGUAUGACCAGCCAGCAUUCUCGUCAGAGUGGCUCAAACAUUUCAGAGCAAGAAAUGAACACUUUCUGAAAGAGCUGCAGGCGAGUGAGGAUUACGUGUGGAGCAGACGAGAGACCACAGAGAAGGGACAGCCUCUCCUGGCCAUCGUUGACCAGGGUGUUGCAAGGCCAAAGAACGCCAGCGACGCCAUCGGUGUAAUCUUGAAGGAACUGCAGUUACAGAGCCAGAGAGGUGCAUUCAAGAUGCUGUUUGCUGUCAAAGGUGUCAAUGGAUUCUUUGCCGAGAAGACGAUCGUACGCAAACCUGGAGGAUACGUUAUUCCAGUGACGGAAAUGACCAUGGUGCAACAUUUUAAGAAGAUGCUGCUUGGAAAAUGGAUCAACGGUGCCAUUGUGACCAGUGUAGAUCAGCAUCUCUUUCGUCCCCGGCGACCAGACUUCAAACCACUCCACCUGUUGCAAAAAGAGGGUUUUGAGGCGAUGGACCCUUUUGUUCCGGUGUUUGUCGACAACUACACGGAUAAAGAGUUUGAGAGCUGCGUGGCGUUGUACAAAGAGAAGAAGUGGAUUCAGAAUGAAGCAGCUUUCACCAAUGACGGUAUGUUGCAGCUGCGGUUCCUGACGGAGAAAAAUCCAGCGGCCCUCUGUCGGGUGUGCGCUCCACUUUGACUGGCAUCCUGCAUCUUGUAGAUAUAUUUAAAUUGCUAUUUGGGUUAAAAUUGCUAGGGAAAAAAACACAGACGGGGUGGAGCUUUUCUUAAUGCUUACGGGAAAAAACAACACACUUUUUUUCCCUCCAAGUUCAUUAGCAGUCACGUUUUACUUUUAAAGGAAAAAAGGCAGGGGGAGCUUGAACAAAAGCUUUCUAUGUUUGUUUUGGGGAGCGAAGGUGCCAUCGAAAUGUCCUCACAUAUUAGACGUCAUGGGAAACACUUCUUAAAAUAUAGUUAAUUCUGCCGUGUUGGUAAGAUUUACUUGAUGGUCUGAAGAAUAGAAACGAACUCGUUGCUGCAUACGUUUUCCACUUUAAACAUGUCUGUUGCAACGAAAAGGUUUUCAGCAGACAAAUCAUAACAGAAUUUGACAGUACAUGCACACAUUUUGUUUAUUCACAAUGGCAAACAAAAUGUUCAACAUUUAUCCGCCCGCUCCCAAUUUGCUCUUUGAAUAUAAGCUACUUUGGCAUCAAAAAUCCCUUUAUUUUUUAACCCUGAAUAUCAACCCACUGUGAUCUCCAAUUGUACUUCAUAAGACAUGUCAGGAGAACACCUGUCCAGCUUACUGAUGGUUGGCAUUCACACCAAAUUAUUUUUCAAAUGUUGCUUCCACGUAUGUUCCCUCAGUAUUGGUAUUAUUUCCAUCUCAUUUUUGCGAAGUUUAGCAAUUCCUUACUUUUAGCCUUGCCAAAAGAGUAUUUUUCAAACUGGCCACUCUGUCAUCCUAAAACCCUAUUCUUGUGGGGGGGGUACUAUUCAAGAAAAAUCCACCAAAAAUUCCUGCAGAAACUCUGAACCAUUUUAUUUGGAUGUUCAGUUUUUAUGCAUUGUGUUGACUUUAGUAACUUUGUUACCCUUAACAUGUAGUGCUAUGCACUUUUCACGUGGUAUUGUUUUUUUCCAUCAAUUUUUGUUUUCCCCUCGUUCCAUGUUAUAAAUAAAGCAUUUUGCUUUCAACAAAGUCCACGUUACGAGUGGCGUAAACAGGCUCUUCUCAGAGGGGGUAGUGGUUAAUUUCAUGCAUGCACGAGUGUUAAACGUACAUGUACAUGUAUUGAGCACAACAUUUCUGGUGUAGUCAGCACUGUGACUCGGAACCCAUUAAGCUUCUGCUUAGCAAAAGCCCCUAUUUUAAAAAAUAAAAUUAAUGUUGUAUUCCAAUUUUUGACACAUUUGGCCUGGCUUCUCAGACACAUGAAAAACUGUGUAUGUAGUCUACGGGCAUUUUAAGCAUGCAUUAAAGAGAGGUCAUGCUAUUUAGCAUCAACAAGCGUCAAAAAAGUGUCAAAAAGUUACUCAACCAAAUUUUUGCACGUAAAGAUCAUAUUCGAUGUGUUACAUUUAUCUAAAAUGAUAGUUGAGUGUGGCAAUUUGAGCGACAAAGUUGGGCCUGGUGGGGCCUGCUCGAGUAGCCCAACCGGCUGCUAUCAUUUUUGUGGGGAUGGCAGAGAAAAGAAAGAUGGCGACCUCAAUACAUCACAAAAACUGUUUCUUUUCCUGCAAGAAUCUGCAAGCAAAUUUGCUGUUUCUCUUACACAGUGGCAGAUGUUAGAGUCUGUAAAAUAUGAUAAAACCUUUUCAAAAAUUGUCAAGGGUAUUUUCAAGUUGUUGACGCUUUUGUUGGUGCUACCGGUGUGUUGACAUGUUUGACACUUGUUGACAAUAAACAGCAUGAACGUUAAACUUUAGAGAACAGGGUUUUUCUAAAAGUCAUGGCUGCUGUCAUUGUUAAACACCUCUGGUUCCACAUGGGGACAAGACAUCUCUUUAGAAAGCUCAGGAUGGGGCACUAAGGAAUGUGUACCCUGGUCCAACUGGCUGGUUUCUUGAAGGCUGGAGUGUGGCGUAAGGUCAAAAUAGUUGCUGUAAAAAAUCAGACAGAGGAAAUAAAUGAGACAAUAAAAUAAGUUACGAGAACGGAAUGGGGAAGAAAUGUA